GAACUACCUGAAUCCGUCAAAAUAAAUUUGAAAUUGAUGUAAUGAUGAAACCCCCCUUGAUCAUUUAUAUCUUCUGGCCUCCUUGCCUCCUUACGUAGCUAUGGCGUUCCUACUCACUUAUUUACCUUUAUCCGAAGGUCUCACUCUCCAUAUAAGACCCCACACUAUUCCGACUUCCUUCCUUCUCUCUCACCAUCAUGUCCUUGCUAGUAUCGCCUGACUGCUGGUCAUCAGUCGCACCUGACUCUAAUCCCCUAGUUCCUCUAGAUGAAUAUGGCUGGUCUGACCUAUGGAUUAAUGCCUUUGACAAUGCAAAAAUCCCUUCCUAUAAUGCCUACUUUCCUCCGUCCCCUUCUGAAACAUGUUCCUCCUUCUCAACCGAUCUAUCACCAUCCCCAGAACCAGUCACCAUACGUGUAGUCUGUGACGUUCCCCUACUCGCUCCUCGUCCACUUCCAUAUCAUUCUCCAACUUUCCUCAAAUUCGAUCUCCCCGAUCCCGACGAAGAUUUGUCACACCCACCCUACACACACAGACCUUCCAAACGGAAACGUGAUCACAAUGACGACCACGGCCAUGAUCAUUUGCGUGUAAAACGCCGAAAUCCUGGCUUACAACGAUGGGCAGCCGGUGUCCAUCGCCAAGCUUACUCCGGUAGCGGUACACAGGGCCGUUCUCACGUGUAUACCGCUACCCGGCCUGAUCGCUUACCAUGAAUCAUUCCCCAUCUUAGGGGUAUCCUUCUCGCUUCAUUUUAUUCCCCUUCGUCAGUCAUUCUCUCUCCU